CGUUACCACUUGGGGCUGCCCCAGCUCCCAGAUUGACAGAUGACCUUUCCAGGCCCGAUCGGGACCAGUGUGUCUGAGAAAACCAAGCUCAAGUCACAGAAGGGGGAAAGAAGGGGCGUCCUCCGGGCGCGGGGCGCACGCUGGGACAGAUCUGGGCAGGUUGCAUCCCCAGCGCGUCCUCCGCUGAGGGGAACUGGGAUUAAAAGCCAUUAUUAAACAAACGAAAAAGUUCUCGAAGCCACUCCGGGCAAAGCCAGCAGGCGGUUGCAUCGCGCGGGUGGGUUCCUAUCUGGACCACGCUGGACCAACCCCUUGGCGCCCCCUCGGAACCCCGCGGAGCGGCCGGUGGCGCCGCGCCCCGCCCCUUCAGGCCCCACCCCCGUCACAUCCCGCUUCCCCGGGUCUCUACAUAGCCCUUAAAACCCGCGGGAGUGGGAUGGCGCGUGUGGUUUCUGCCGCGAGCGCAAACCCCUCUGCGACGCCAGCGGUGAGAAUCGCCCGCGGGCUGGGAAUCGAAGCCGGCCUCGAUCCCACUCCUAGGAGAAAAUCCUGACCUCACCGGAGCCCCAGGUGCCAGCGAGGUUUGGCCCAGGACCGACCUUGUUUUCCGGUUCCCAUCCCCAUCAUCAGGGCGCUGUGCUCGCCUUGGACCGCGCCAAGCGAGAGCGCUCAAGCACCUGCAGGCAGCAGGUGUCCCGGGCGAGCCCACGGCUUCUCUGCCCCCGACAAAGGCUCCAGCAUUUCGUGGAGGCAGCUGCUCCGCACCGCUGGGAACCACACGAGGCAGCAGUAUGGCCACCGGCCUCAGCCCGGACGAUCGGCAGCCGCUGAGCCCGCUGUCCAUCCAGCAGACCACGCUCCUGCUGCUCCUGUCGGUGCUGGCCGCCGUGCACGUGGGCCAGUGGUUGGUGAGGCAGCGGCGGCGGCCACCUUGCCCCUCACCCCCGGGCCCCUUCCCGUGGCCGCUGAUCGGAAAUGUGGCGGAUUUGGGUCCAGCGUCGCACCUGUCGUUCGCGCGUCUGGCGAAGCGCUAUGGCGACGUCUUCCAGAUCCGCUUGGGCAGCUGGCCGGUGGUGGUGCUGAAUGGCGAGCGUGUCAUCCAGCAGGCCCUGGUGCAGCAGGGCGUAGCUUUCGCCGACCGGCCGCCCUUUGCCUCCUUCCACGUGGUGUCUGGCGGCCGCAGCCUGGCCUUCGGUCAGUACUCGGAGCCGUGGAAGGCUCAGAGGCGCGCGGCGUCCAGCAUCUUGCGCGCCUUCUGCACGCGCCAGCCGCGCAGCCGCCUCCUCCUCGAGGGCCACGUGCUGGGCGAGACCCGCGAGCUGGUGGCGGUGCUGCUGCGCCGCUGUGCUGGCGGCGCCUACUUGGACCCCACGAAGCCGAUCACCGUGGCGGUGGCUAAUGUCAUGAGCGCGCUGUGCUUCGGCUGCCGCUUCCGCCACGACGACGCGGAGUUCGUGGAGCUGCUCAGCCACAACGAAGAGUUCGGGCGCACGGUGGGCGCGGGCAGCCUGGUGGACGUCCUGCCCUGGCUGAAGCUCUUUCCCAACCCGGUGCGCACCGCCUACCGCGAGUUCCAGCAGCUCAAUCGCAACUUCACCAACUUCAUUUACGAGAAGUUCCUAAAGCAUCGCAAAAGCCUCCUGCCGGGAGCCGCUCCCAGAGACAUGAUGGACGCCUUCAUCCUCUCGGAAGAAAAGAAGGCUGCCGGGGGCUCGGGCGACGGCCGCGCUCUGUUGGACCUGGAGAUAAUUCCGUCCUCGGUCACCGACAUCUUCGGCGCCAGCCAGGACACUCUCUCCACGGCGCUGCAGUGGCUGCUCAUCCUCCUUACCAGAUACCCAGAGGUGCAGGCUCGAGUGCAGGCGGAACUGGAUCAGGUUGUGGGAAGGGAUCGCCUGCCCUGCAUGGGCGACCAGCCCAAACUGCCCUACAUCAUGGCCUUUAUUUAUGAAACCAUGAGAUUCUCCAGCUUUGUGCCUGUCACCAUUCCUCAUGCUACCACUGCCAACACCUCUAUCUUGGGCUACUACAUCCCCAAGAACACAGUGAUUUUUAUUAACCAGUGGUCUGUGAAUCAUGAUCCAGCAAAGUGGCCUAACCCAGAAGUCUUUGAUCCAGCUCGAUUUUUGGACAAAGAUGGUUUCAUCAACAAGGAGCUGACCAGCAGCGUGAUGAUUUUUUCACUGGGCAGACGGCGGUGCAUCGGCGAAGAGCUAUCUAAAAUCUUGCUGUUUCUCUUCAUCUCCAUCCUGGCUCACCAGUGUAACUUCAAGGCCAACCAAGAUGAGCCCUCCAAAAUGGAGUGCAGUUAUGGCCUAACUAUUAAACCCAAGUCAUUUAAAGUCCACGUCACUCUCAGAGAGUCCAUGGAACUCCUGGACAGUGCUGCUCAGAAGUCGCAAGCGGAGGAAGCUGCCCAGUGAGAAGCCAGAGGGAAGCAGGAAGCUGAGAAGCUCUCCACUCUUGUUGGAUGAGGGGGAAAAGUUCAGUUUUUCCCCCUUGUUUUUGCAGCUUUAUGUCUAGCCUCUAAUGUGAUUUAAAAACCAAAUGGCCUGCAGAUGAGGUGUGUGCCACACUGAAUUGCUCCUUGUGAGCUCUAGGUGUGAAAGCUCCUAGAAGAGGUUUUGAGUUGGAGAUAAAGGUCCAAGGAAGAGGGCAUGUGUAUAUAUAUGUAUAUAUAUAUAUAUACAUAUAUAUACAUAUAUAUGUU